CUCUUCGACUUUCAUUCACUUCUCUCUCCCGGGGAAAAAAGAAGGCAGAAAAAAUGGCGAAACCGAAACUUUUAUGUGUAUUUUCCUUGUCACUUCUCUGUCUCAUUUCGUUAUCCGCUGCUGAUUCCUUCGUCUUAGACGACCUACGUCUCGCCGGAUCGAGUUUUCCUUCGGUGCAUGCAAAGGAGUUGAUCAGGGCGUUGAAUUUGUUUCCUAAAGAGGAAAUCAACAUCGUUGAUCAAGACCGGAUUUCCUUGAAGGAGGGGCCGAACCUGGUCGAGAAGCGGUUCAUGUUCCCAAAUUUGGAAGUUCCUGCUGGGGUCUCCGUUGAGGAUUUGGGUCACCAUGCUGGGUAUUACAAGCUUGCUAAUUCUCAUGAUGCCAGAAUGUUCUACUUCUUCUUUGAAUCACGCAAUAGCAAAAAGGACCCUAUUGUUAUCUGGUUGACUGGAGGGCCAGGAUGUAGUAGCGAAUUGGCUGUGUUUUAUGAAAAUGGCCCCUUCACCAUUGUUAAUAACAUGUCUCUUGUUUGGAAUGAGUAUGGUUGGGACAAGGCAUCGAACCUUCUAUAUGUGGACCAACCUAUUGGUACUGGAUUUAGUUACAGUUCUGACCAAAAAGAUAUUCGUCAUAACGAAGAUGAAGUUAGCAAUGACCUAUAUGAUUUCUUACAGGCAUUCUUUGCUGAGCACCCUGAGUUUGCAAAGAAUGACUUUUAUAUAACUGGAGAAUCAUAUGCUGGGCACUACAUUCCAGCUUUUGCUGGCCGAGUCCACAAAGGAAACAAAGCUAAGGAAGGAAUUCAUAUAAACCUAAAGGGAUUUGCUAUUGGUAAUGGCCUGACUAAUCCAGCAAUCCAGUAUAAAGCUUACACUGAUUAUGCUUUGGACAUGGGGGUAAUUAAGAAGUCGGAUUAUGAUCGUAUCAACAAGAUGGUUCCUGUUUGUGAGAUGGCAAUAAAGCUUUGCGGCACUGAUGGUACAAUCUCUUGCAUGGCUUCAUAUUUUGUCUGCAAUUCAAUAUUCAAUGGAAUCAUGAAACUUGCUGGUGAUACUAAUUACUAUGAUCUUAGAAAGAAAUGUGAAGGGAGCCUUUGCUAUGACUUCUCGAACAUGGAGACAUUUCUGAACAAGAAAUCUGUUAGGGAUGCCCUUGGUGUUGGGAAUAUAGAUUUUGUGUCCUGCAGCCCUACAGUCUAUCAGGCCAUGCUGGUCGACUGGAUGAGGAAUCUCGAUGCUGGCAUUCCCAAUCUCCUUGAGGAUGGAAUAAAACUUCUUGUAUAUGCAGGGGAAUAUGAUCUCAUCUGCAACUGGCUAGGCAAUUCAAGAUGGGUUCAUGCAAUGCAAUGGUCUGGACAGAAGGAGUUUGUAGCAUCUCCGGAGGUUCCUUUUAUAGUUGAUGGCUCAGAAGCCGGAGUCCUGAAAACCCACGGACCUCUCGGUUUCCUUAAGGUUCAUGAUGCGGGUCAUAUGGUUCCUAUGGACCAGCCCAAGGCAGCUUUGGAGAUGCUGAAAAGAUGGAUCAAGAGUACAGUAUCUGAAGCCGGUGAUUCAGAGAAACUGGUUGCUGAGAUGUGAGGUCCAUUGCUUCCGUGCUUGAAUUCAAUGUAGUUGGCCUUUACAAUGGGAAUAAACUUAUUUCAAGUAAAUACCUGAAAACAUUUGUAUGUGGGAUGUAAUCCUUGUUUUCUUGGUCUUUUUAAAUAUAUUACCUACAAGUAUGAAUCAAAGAACUUUUCUUC